AUGGUGGAAGUGUCCGAGCUUGUUGCCGCAUCGGGCAUUUCUGUCCCUGCUCGUGCCAAGUUUGUGGGUCGUUUCAUGGCAUACACGACGUUCGGAGCAGUUACGUUUGGACUCGUGUGCGGGCAGAUGAGUGUCAUAUUCUCAAUCGGGCCGCUGAUCCCCUUCAUGUGGGGAGCGUGGGCGGGAUUCACGCUUACAUCAGUGGGAUUCUGGCGUCACGAGCGUGCCAUCAUCAACGACUACAUCGGGCGAUACCCAGUCUUGAUGGAGCAAGUACUUCGAAUGCAGUUUCCAUACGCAAACAUGCCCAAACAUCUUUCGGCAGAACAAUGGCUUCGACAAGGCAGUCUUUCCGCCAUCAGCUGGUGUAUACUUGCUGCACAAAGUUGCAGCCACUUGAUUCAGGAGCAUGAGGAUUCCAAACUGAAGAGUAUUCUGGAUGCAGACCUGGAAUCCUAG